AUGUUUGGCCUGUCUCUGCUCUUCCGGGCUCCGGAAGUCAACCCCAUCAACCGCAAAGCUCGGUCUAUCCCCGUUCUCAACCCGCUCGACCUUUACGGACGCGUAUUCUUCUUCGCCUGGUUUGGCUUCAUGAUCGCCUUCUGGUCGUGGUACGCCUUCCCGCCUUUGCUAUCCGACAUCAUCAAGGAGGAUCUGGGCCUCUCACAGGCCGAGAUUGCCAAUUCCAACAUCAUCGCCCUCGUGGCCACACUUAUUGUGCGACUGAUUGCUGGCCCCGCCAGUGACCGCUUUGGGCCGCGCUGGACAUUCGCCGGAUGCUUGCUGCUGGGUGCCAUCCCCACCUUCCUGGCCGGAUCUGUCCACAAUGCAACCGGUCUGAUGGUGCUCCGUUUCUUCGUUGGCAUUCUGGGCGGGAGCUUCGUGCCAUGCCAGGUGUGGACGACGGGCUUCUACGACAAGAACAUUGUCGGCACCGCCAACUCGCUCACUGGUGGCCUGGGCAACAUGGGCGGUGGCAUCACCUACUUCGUCAUGCCCGCCAUUUACGAAUCCCUGGUGUCUGAUGGCCUGCGCAAGCACGUCGCUUGGCGCGUUGCCUUCGUGGUCCCCGGCAUACUGAUCACCUUCACCGCCAUCGCCAUGCUGUUGUGCACGCCCGACUGCCCGACGGGAAAGUGGUCGGAACGUCAGGCCGUGGCUGACGCUAACCUGCGCUCACACAGCGUCAGCGACGGUGGUGUUGUUGACGUCCCCGGCUCUCUGACCGGCAUCCCGGCCAAGGAGAAGAGUGGCACGCAGUCACCCAUUGGCUCUGUCUCAUCGACCAAGAAGGGGACCAUCAUCCUGCCGUCGGACAAGGAGGCGCAGAUCAGCGAGGCACAGAUGCUCGAGGCGGCCAAAGGUGAAGUGGUUCAGAAGCCGUCGUUCAGCGAGGCCAUGAAGGUGCUCGUCUCUCUCCAGACGCUCACCCUCGCCGCAGGCUACUUCUGCAGCUUCGGCUGCGAGCUCGCCGUCAACAGCAUCUUGGGCUCCUUCUACGCCAAGAACUUCCCGUCGCUCGACCUCCAAGAGCGCGGCAACUGGGCCGCCAUGUUCGGCCUCCUAAACGGCGCAUUCCGACCGCUGGGCGGCCUCGUCGCCGACCGCGCCUACGCCGCGACCAACGGCAGCCUGUGGGCGAAGAAGGCGCUGCUCCACGCCUACGGCGUCGUCACCGGCGCCUUUCUCAUCGCCAUCGGCGCCGUGAAUCCGCACAGCGAGAGCACCAUGUUCGGCUUGGUGGCUGGUAUGGCCUUUUUCCUCGAGGGUGGCAACGGCCUCAACUUCGCCCUCGUGCCCCACGUCCAUCCUCACGCUAACGGCAUCGUGUCGGGCGUAACCGGCGCGGCGGGAAAUCUGGGUGGUAUCGUCUUCGCCGUCAUUUUCCGCUAUCAUGGCACCGAUUAUGCAAAGUGUUUUUGGAUUAUUGGGGUGAUUAGCAUUGCGAUGAACUUGGCCGUCAGCUGGAUCAGACCGAUUCCAAAGGGUCAGGUUGGUGGUCACUAG